AUGUAUUCAAAUAGGGCUGAGUACAAUCCUUACAGCGAGUUGAGAGAUAAGGCGCUAAUGGAACUGCUUGAAGGUAAACCUGAACUGCUUGAGAGGGAUGCAAGAAUCCUAGAUAUGCCUUUUAACAGUGAUGUGGGUAAUCCUGAUGUAGAAGUCAAAGUUGUGGAUGAUGCAAGAUCUACUGAAAUUGAUGAAUUUGGCUCCCAAUGGGAACUCCAAAAUGCUGUUUCAGAAAAUAAGGAGAAGUUCUUUUGCUCCCAGACACCAGAUCUUGGUAUUGGAAUGGCCCGAAGUUUCUGCGCAUUAUCAUCAGAAUUUUAUUUUACAGGUGUGCUCAACUCAAUAGAGUCCUCCAAUGAAGUAGGUGGGAGUUCAAGUCCCCCCUCAGGAGAAGCUGCAGUUCCUCAAAUGAUGUCCAUGCACGAUAUGAUGCUUCAGCUAAUGGAACUGCCUGAAGGUAAACCUGAACUUCUUGAGGGGGAUGCAAGAAUCCUAGAUAUGCUUUUUAACAGUGAUGUGGGUAAUCCUGAGGUAGAAGUCAAAGUUGUGGGUGAUGCAAAAUCUACUGAAAUUGAUGAAUUUGUCCCCAAAAGGGAGCUCCAAAAUGCUGUUACAGAAAAUAAGGAGAAGUUCUCUUGCUCCCAGACAUCAGAUCUUGGGAUUGGAAUGGCCCUGAACUAUGCAAUAUCAUCAGAAUUUUAUAUUACAGAAGAAGCUCGGCAGGGUGAUGGUGCCAGCAUGUCUGAACCCCUUGCUCAGCCUCAUUCUGCAAAAGUAUCUGGGUCGGCUACCGCCACAACCACGUCGCAACUAGAAACACCAAAUGCAAAGUCAAGAAAACAGGAAUGGAAGAAUAUGCAAGCAUCAGGUCCAUCUUCCCCAUCACCAGGUGUGCUCAACUCAAUAAAGUCCUCCAAUGAAGCAGGUGGGAGUUCAAGUCCCCUCUCAAGAGAAGCUGCAGUUCCUCAAAUUAUGUCCUUGCAGGAUAUGAUGAAUCAGCAAAUGGAUUUGCAAAGAAUAUUGCAAAAGCAUAUUGCAAUGAUGGCUACUGUCCCAAUUACAGAGGAAGGAGAAAGAUUAGAAGAAGCUGAGCAUAAAAAGAAGACAAUUGCACGCGAUGCUGUUUCUAGUGUGCUCGAUCCUGCUAUCAUGUUCAAACAACCAACCCAUCCAAUGACUCCAAUAACUCCCUCUGAGAUUUUAAUGGCUACAAAUACAGUUGACAGCAACACUGCUUCUUCAUCAUAUGUGCAGCAAAUGAAACUGCUUGAAGGUUUCGCCGCUGACAUGACAUGGUAA